AUGUUCUUCAUGAUGUUUGGAGGUAAGCUCUAUAUCAUGUUGUCCGAAUAUGAACGAAUCAAAAAUUUCAAACUUGGACGAUUUGAAUGUCUCAUCUGUCUUCGGACAACUUGAUAAUUUUAUAAUUCUGCAAACCUAAAAUUGACAAUUCUAUAAAUUUUCUGACCAAAAUUCAAAAAUUUUUGUAAAAAUUUGGUAUGUGUGACAGUAACGUUGUUUUUUGAGAAUAGGCGCGGAAGCAACUCCAGUUUCAUGUGGAGAUCAUGUUUUCAAUGCUAGCAUGUCAUCAACGGAGAGGUGCAAGAUAUUGCACCAAGUUAUGAACAGUACUGGAUGUACACCAACCUUGGAGGCUCAAUUUCAGUCAGUUAACUAUGAGGUAGGUCAUGGUAAUUGUAACUUUUUUUGAAGUAGAGUAGGUAGGGUAGGUAUGAUUUAGUAGUGUAGGGUACGGUAUAAUAUGGUAAUUUAAGCUAGGGUAAGGUAGGGCAACUUUGGGUAAAGUAAGGUAAGGCAGGGCACGGCGGAGCAGGACUGGGUAGAGCCAAGCAGGGCAAGGGAGAGCAAAGUUGAGCAAAACAGGGCAGGGCAUUACAGUAUACUGUAACAAACAAAAAUUUCAGUUUGGGUACUACUGUGCUAAUACUAAGCUGGUACAGAAAAGUAUAUCAGUACAAAUGGUUGGUGUGUUGAUUGGAGCAUUGACUUUCGGCCAGCUUAGUGAUAUGUAUGGAAGAAAAAAUGUAGGUCUAUAAAAAAAUCAAAAAAAUUCCUAAUAACAUGCACUAACGUAUUUUACAUUAAAAGAAAAUACAUAAAUUUUCUGCUUUUAGCUGUUAUUGAUAUCAGUUAUUGGAUGCUUGUUCUGUACAUUGGCUUCUGCAUUUGUUAACACGUUAUGGUGGUUUACUGUAUGGAGAUGCUUACUGAAUGUUUUUGUUGGAGGAAAUGGAAGGUAAGAUCCUUUUCCACUCUACCCAACUAUAAUCUAUUCUACCCUACUUUACUCUGCCCUUUAGUACUGUGCCCUACCGUAAUUUACUUGUUGGUACCGUACCCACCGUAUCCUAACUUUACCCUACAGCACCCUACCCUCUCUACUUUAUUUUAACUUACCGUUCUGUGCCGUAUCCUAACAUAUCUCUUACCUUACCUACCCUACCGUACUCUACCGUACCCUACUAUUACUUAAGAAAUUUAACUUAACAUAAACUUAAAAUAGUAUAUUUAAGCCUAAAUUUGUCUUUUUUAGUGUUCUUCACACCUUCAUGAUAGAAGCCCUACCUAAAAAACACAGAUUCUGGAUAUCGAAUAUUGUUGGUUGGUCGAUAAAUAUGAUUUUCUUGGUAAUAUUCGCUACGUUUGCUAAAGAAUGGCGUACACUUAUCUAUUACGUUGAAGUCUUCAGCUCUCCAGCGUUGAUUUUGACAUUGUAAGUUGAAAUAUGACAUUUUUUAAAAAUUAUUUUAAUAAUUUAUUUAUAUGUUAGGACACGUAUUUUACUAAAACGACGUUUUAUACGACGAACUAUGUCUAAGGUUUCUGGGGACAUGUUUCAUCGUAUAACAUGUCCAUUAAUAACUAUAAGUACUAUAAUUUAAAAUUAAUAUAAAAAAUGAAUCUUAAAGCUACAGUAAUAUCAAUUUCAAAAUUACAGUAAUACCAAUUUCGUAACAAAUAUAUCAUUUCAGAAUGCUGUACGAAUCUCCGCGAUUCUUGUUGGGCAAACAGAAGGUCGAUGACGCCAAACAAAUUGUUAUAAACAUUUACAAGUUCGACAAACGCCCCCUGGACAAAGAACUCCUCGACAAAGUGUUGGAGCAAGAGUUACAAACCAUCAAAGAUGCAAACACAACUCAGAAGAAAUACAGCUUCUGGCAUCUGUUUUACACACCCAAGUUGACUGCUUAUACAUUGACUAUUGGACUUACUUUGUAAGGAAAGGGGGGUAUUUUAGGGCGAAAUAUGUUAGGGUAGAGCAAGGUACAGUAGAGUAAGGCAGAUUAGGACUAAGGCUAAUCACAAGGUAAAGCACAAGUGAGACCAAAAGAGUAGAGUACCUUGAAUAAGAGGAUAAGAAAAUGCAAGGCAAGGCAACAGUAAGACAGGCAUACACCAACUUCAAAUAAUACUGAUAAAGAUAAAAAAAAUAAAAAAAUUUUCAGAUUCACAGCCAGUUGUCUAAACUAUUCCUUGCUGUUCAAUAUUAGCAAGUUAUCAGGGUCAAUCUACAAGAAUGCUUUGUUCACUGCUGUUGGUAGAUAUGCAGUGAAUCUGAUUGCCAUCUUUUUGGAUAUAAAAUACCAAAAGAUCGGCCGAAAAACUCUACAUGCCAUAGCAGAAGGUCUUAUCAUCGCACUUUUUGCUGUUUAUAUCUUUGGAAAGCUUAGCGGUGAGUUUAAAAUUUUAAAAUAAAAAAAAAUUUUUUAUUGAAAUUUGAAAUUUUUUAAAUUGAUUGAAAUUUGGAAAAAAAUCUUGUUUUUAACCCUCAAGGGAGCUCGCAAAUCUAAAGUAACAAAAAAAAUUUUAAUUUUAUAGUGACAGAAAAGUCUUGUCGUUUUGGCUAUGAAUUUCAAUGUAAAUCGGCGACAAGACUUUUUUGAACCUAAUUCUUAUUUGUUUUUGACCUUUUUUUAUAAAAAAAACUAAAUUACUAAACUUCAAUAAUAUUUUCCAAUUUCCAGACCUGAAAAACAGUUAUCUCUUAUCACUCGACCUAAUGGCCAUCAUCUGUGUAACUACAAUAUUGUUCGUCACCGGUCAUUUAAUGUCGGGAGAGCUGUUCCCCACUGGCAUUCGCAACAUCUCCUUUUCGGCAGGACAACUUUUCAGCCGUUGUGGUGUCAUCAUAUCACCACAAUUCUUUUUACUGGCCGAGUUGCACCCGGUAAUGCCGUAUGUGGCAUUGUUGUUCUUGGCUAUUAUUGAUUUUAUCAUUUUUUGGAGUGUUUUGAGAGAGACCAAGAAUGAGGAAUUGAUUGACUUUAUGCCUCCGAAGAAUGAAACUUGGAAAUAUGUGAUUAGAAAUAGGAAAAACGUGGUGUCUGAUGCUUCGGUUGAAAUGCAACGGAAUGUUUAA